ACACACUAUUCACAACACCCUUAAAAAGCACGGUUUUCCUACUCGACUACUCACAAUCCCAAACCUCUUACACAAAAAAUGGACAUUAUAACCCCGCUACUAUACACCCUCUUCACUGCCUUAGUAUUCUUGGUGCUACAUAGCCUGCACUCACGUCAUUCUAAACGUCUACCACCAGGACCGGCCCCAUGGCCAAUUGUAGGAAACCUACCGCACCUCAGUACACUUCCGCAUCACUCCCUGACUGCCUUGGCGAAAAAGUAUGGCCCGUUGAUGCACCUCCGAUUCGGCUUUGUUGAUGUGGUGGUGGUUACAUCCGCGUCAGUCGCUGCACAAAUUAUAAAGGUUCAUGACGUGAAUUUCGCAAGCAGGCCACCAAACUCCGGAGCGAAGCACAUGGCGUAUAAUUACCAUGAUCUGGUGUUUGCGCCGUAUGGUCCGAGGUGGCGGAUGCUUCGCAAGAUUUGCGUCCUGAACCUUUUUUCUGCCAAAGCACUAGCGAACUUCCGUCAUGUUCGACAGGAGGAGGUAGCCAAACUCACCCGCGCUUUGGUUGGUGCUGGACAAUCAACAGUGAGAUUAGGUCAACUAAUAAACGUGUGCACCACAAACGCAUUAGCGCGAGUAUUGUUAGGCCGGAGAGUAUUUGAUGAUAGUGAUCCAAAGGCGAAUGAGUUUAAAGAAAUGGUGAUUGAGCUCAUGGUGUUGGGUGCGGAAUUUAACAUCGGUGACUUCAUUCCCGCGCUUGACUGGCUUGACCUGCAAGGCAUUACAAAAAAGAUGAAGAAACUCCACGAUCGAUUUGAUUCGUUCAUUAACGUCAUUUUUGAAGAACAUAAGUCCGCCAACAGGGGCGAGCCGCAUCACGUUGACUUGUUGACCACACUGAAGAAUGACGUCGAUGGAGAAGGAAGUAAGCUUUCAGAUAUCGAAAUCAAAGCUUUGUAUUUGAACUUAUUCACCGCAGGAACAGACCCAACAAAUAGUACAGUGGAAUGGGCAAUAGCCGAACUCAUUCGCCAUCCACAAAUACUAAAACAAGCCCAAAAAGAAUUGGACAUUGUAGUUGGUCAAAACCGGCUAGUAACCGAAUUGGACCUAGGCCAACUAACAAUCAUCCAAGCCAUUACAAAGGAGACGUUUAGGCUCCAUCCUCCAUCCGCAAUUGCGCUACCAAGAAUUGCAUCAGAGAGUUGUGAAGUUGAUAAGUACUACAUUCCUAAGGGAUCCAUGCUCCUUUUUAAUUUGUGGGCAAUUGCCCGUGACCCAAAGUUAUGGACUGACCCGCUUGAAUUCAAACCCACACGUUUUUUGCCUGGAGGUGAAAAGUCCAAUGUUGAUAUCCGAGGGAACGAUUUUGAGGUCAUGCCAUUUGGGGCUGGACGAAGGAUGUGUGUGGGUAUGAGCCUGGGGUUGAGAAUGACCCAAUUGCUUAUAGCAACGUUGGUCCAAAGCUUUGAUUGGGAAUUGGCUAACGGGUUAGAGCCGGAGAAACUCAACAUGGAUGAAUCCUAUGGGCUAACCCUUCAAAAGGCUGAGCCCUUGAUGGUGCACCCAAAGCCAAGGCUAGCUCCUCACGUGUAUCAAUGCGUCUAAGAUCUACAUGAAACAUCCUAAAUUUAUGUGUAAUAUAUUUGGAAUAGUUUUGUUUGGUAUUAUGAAAACAAAACUCUAGUUUCUGCGUGUCAAGAUGAAACAUCCUAAAUCUAUGUGUAAUGUAUUUGGAAUAUUUUUGUUUGGUGUUACGAUAAUAAAACUCUUGUUUCAAAGUCUAAUCGUGGAAAAUUGGUGGAAA